AUGUAUUACUGGAGAGUUUUUAUCAUACUUUCCAUUGUGAGUAAUGUUAUAGUACCACAAUUGAUAUAUGACUCUCAGGAUGACAUAUGCAAGCAUGGCAUAACAGAAGACAUGCUUAAGGCCCUAGUGGAUAAAUUGCAAGUCAUAACAGAUGAGAAUCGAGAGCUUCGGAAGAAAGUCGAGAACCAUGAGUCUAGGAUUAGAGAGGGAGUGGAAAACCGAAAGUCUAGCGUUUUAAAAGAAUUAAAGAACCAGAUAGAGUUUAAGGUCAGGGAGGAACUGCAGAACCAGACAUCUCAGAUUAUGAAGGAAUUGGACAACCGGGAGUCUGGGAUUAAAAGGGACUUGAGGAAUCAGACGUCUCGGAUUUGGAAUGAAUUGGACAACCGGGAGUCUGGGAUAAGAAGGGACUUGGGGAAUCAGACGUCUCGGAUUUGGAAGGAAUUGGACAACCGGGAGUCUGGGAUAAGAAGGGACUUGGGGAAUCAGACGUCUCGGAUUUGGAAGGAAUUGGACAACCGGGAGUCUGGGAUUAGAAAGGACUUGAGGAAUCAGACGUCUCAGAUUAAGAAGGAAUUGGAGAUCCACAGGACUCGAUUUCUUGAAAAUCAGACAGCAAUAAACGUGGACUUAUACAAAAACAUUGGCGACAUCAGGACCGACCUCAAACAAUCUGAUGACAACCAACAGAGUCUGUCCUCCACUGUGACGACUCUCCAAAGGAACAUUACCAGAGAUAACUGCAACAUAUGUAAGAGAGUGGCCUUCACAGCAGGAGUGACAUUGGGCAGCACCUCAUGGGACAGUGGUACCUUAGUGUACGAUAAAGUCAUCAACAAUGUGGGAGGAGGGUAUAACCCGAACACCGGAAUCUUCACCGCACCAGUAGAAGGAGGCUACGUGUUCUACGUCACUAUCCUAAGUUACGAUACGGACUUUAUAUACAUAGAUAUUGUAUUAAAUGGAUCUAGUAGGGUCCGAGCAGUGGCCCUAACCUCUAGUCCAGACGAUAAUGCUGAGGUGGGUACAAACCUUGUAACAUUAAGGCUACAGAAAGGGGACAGGGUAUGGUGUAGAUUAAAGUUUGGUCAAGUCAUGAAUCCCUGGAGUCCUAACAAAACAGACUUGGCUGUCAUAACGUUACAAUGGUUAAAAAAUGCGUUUAUGUGGAACACGCUGAGUGAUUCUAGAACAUAUAUCAGACUGGAAAUCGUAGUGUCAGGAACAGCUUUAUAUGGUAUUGUGGAAGACAAUCAAGAAGCUGGUGACAUUGACAGUGCAACUGGCUCUAGAUUUGUUAUUGUUAAUCUCAAUGUUGGAAAUACGGUGUUCAUUCGUUCUAGUGACAGUGGUUCUGGGCCUAUGCGAACUGAAUCAAAUGUCAUAACUGCGUCUUUUUCUGGAGAUCGAAUUUAA